AUGGAGCGUUACGAGUCUUUGGGUCUGGUCGGGGAAGGCAGCUACGGGACUGUGCUGAAGUGCCGUCAUCGAGACUCUGGGCGCCUUGUUGCCAUUAAGAAGUUCAUGGACUCAGACGAUGACAAGACGGUGAAGAAGAUCGCCCUGAGGGAAAUAAAGCUGCUCAGGCAACUGCGUCAUGACAACCUGGUCAACCUUCUGGAAGUGUGGAAGCGUCGCCGCCGUUGGUAUCUGGUAUUUGAGUUUGUGGAGCGGACACUUCUCGAUGAUUUGGAGCAAAACCCGAAUGGCCUGGACCUGAACACCAGCCGGCAGCACUUGUACCAGAUCCUGAGGGCCACCGCCUUCUGCCACCAGCAAAAUAUCAUCCACCGGGACAUCAAGCCAGAGAACAUCCUCAUCUCUCAGGGUGGUGUGGUCAAGCUGUGCGACUUUGGAUUCGCCCGCAUAAUGGCGUCGCCUGCCGAGGGUGGCAUCUACACCGACUACGUAGCCACUCGCUGGUACAGAGCCCCCGAACUACUGGUGGGAGACACCAAGUAUGGCAAACCAGUAGAUGUGUGGGCUGUAGGUUGUUUGUUAAUAGAGAUGUUAACGGGCCAGCCUCUGUUUCCCGGAGACUCCGACCUCGACCAAAUAUAUCACGUCGUCAGGUUCUUUGGUAACCUGACAGCUCAUCACCAGGAGUUGUUCUACAGGAAUCCUGUAUUUUCUGGAGUUAGAUUGCCUGAAUGUCCUGGCAAAAUCCCACUGGAGCAGCGUUUCUCUACAAUCACACCCACUGCCCUGGACCUAGCACAGGAUUGCCUUCAGAUGGAUCCAGAGAGACGAGCUCAGUGUUCAGAACUGCUAGAACAUCCUCUGUUCACAAAUGACUCUUUCCAAAUCAGGUUUUUGGAUGAGCUGAAUGCUAAGAUCCAGAAAGACCACAGAGAGAACUCUACGCUGCCCAAAAUAACCAAAGCCCCGAAACGAGAAAGGGAUGAAGAGGAUGAGAGGAACCAGAGAGGCAAAGACAAGAAACAAUCUGAAGACCUGGAAGUGAAAGUCAUGAAGGAAAAGGAGAAGAGAGAUAAAAAGGAAGAGGAAAAGAUGGAGAAAACAAAAGGAAAGCAACCUUCAAAGCUGUCUAAAACCAAUCGGAACCCUUCAGAACCGUUGAUGUCAACCAAACAAUCCAAAACUUCAGGAGCCAAGGUUUUCGAUAAUGCAGCAAAAACAACUGUGACCACGAAAAGUAAACUGGGAAAACCUACUGGUGCACAGUUGAGGAAGGAACUUGAGAUUUCUAAAUUAAGUAAAACUUCCAAAUCUGAUUCAGAAGCUACCAAGACUGCAACAGAUCUGAAGGACAAUAACGCAGUGGCAGCUAAAUCUAAACAUGGUAACGUUGCUUCUACAGAGCCAAUGGGGGACCAUUUGAAAAAUAUGGAUAUAAAACACAUAGAUUAUAGGUGCUCAGAGUCAAGUCAAGAGUUUGGGAAGAACUGUAACAACACAGACACAAAAGUGCCCAAAACGUUGAAAAGCUUGACAACCGACAAUCCAAAUGGGAGCUCAUUUCCAAAGCCUCGUUUGGAAUCAGUUGACGAUGGAACAGAAACCAAUAUAACACUAAAAACUGUGUCAAAGAAUGACCACAAUAUUGCUACUCCCCCAACUAUGUCUAAGGCAUUCAACAUGACUUCUACCUCUGAACAUCAGACAGAUCGAUCGACCAUGGGCACAGAGCAGAGAAAGGCCUCCGACUGUCCGAAGGCAAGCAAAAAAAGUGUCAACCCAGAAAGGAAUGACACAACAAAUACAGCCACCAUCGCAGAUAUGACGUCAAUCAAGUCUACAAUGACACCAGACCACAGACCUUCAAGUAGAAGCUCUGUCUUUCACUCAAACAUGGACAGUGCAGAUAUUCAUGAGUUUAAUAUCAGUGAAAAAACUGUACCUCCUCAAUCUCCACCACCUCCUCCUCCACCUCCCUCCUCCACUCCUCUCCUCCUCCCUCCAUCCUCUACACCCCUCAUGACUUCCAUUGGCACCAGAAGCCCUGCCCUCAGCGAUCACCUCAGUCUGGGCUCAAGACUUCACCCUGGAACUCACAGCCUUAGGAGUAUAGACAAGCCAAGGUAUCAUGGUGGCAUUUAUAGUCGACUGACCCAACAGUCUCUAUCCAACCACAUCACAGGAUCACUCACUGCACAGGUGUUGUCAGAGAUGAGUGUGACAUCUGAGCGAUCCUUCCUGUCCAACCGCAGCAGUGUUGCAGUGCCCAAAAGGAAGUUGGACAUUCAUUUCCCUGAUCUGAGGAGCUCAGUGUUGCCAGAGCUCAGAGGAAGAGAAGAUACCUUCCUGGCAUUGGGUGAGGUUGUGGUUGUUGUUGUGGUGAUGGGGUCGGGUGUGUUGACAGGGAAAAUCCUGCAGGUGUCCUCCACAGGAGAACCAUCAAUUUCUGGAAGAUUGAAGUCCAACGGAGAGGGGAAGGAUCGAGCUGAGAGAGGAAAGAAGUAUGAUAACUAA